AAUCUAUCGCUUUGAAACUUCCCCAUUUUUCUAAGUCUCGCCCGACGCAGCAAGUAUCAAGACGUGCGCCCGUAUAGCUCGGUCGCAGUAAAUACAAGGUAAUGGCUAAGUACGCACGCCGAGUCGAGGCGCUCUCUGUGCAGUUGCAGUGUCGUCUAUGCACAAGCGGCGGAGAGUCGCAUCCCACCCACAAACGCUAAAAAAACACCCCAAAAAAAAAAAAACAAAAGACUAUAUUUUCCUAAAAACUUACCAUAUCAUUCGAGAGAAAUAUUUUUUCAAGUUUAAAAAAAAGUGACAUAUCAAACGGAAUCUUAGGACCCUUUUAGUAUAUGAUAGCGUAGUUUGUGACAGCCGUGAUGUGUAUGUUAAGUGACAGUGCCGUAUACGGAUAGUGUACAUGACAACGUGAAAUUCGAGAUUGGAUAUUUUUCUUUUUUUUUACAAAAUUACCACCGAAGUGUCAAACUGGACCGAAGAAGAGCAGGCCACCUCUGACGUAUGUCUAGAACGGGUGGCAGAGGAGUUGAUGGGUCGAAGAAAAUGGAAACUCUAUCAAGACGCGAUCCUACCCAAGCGCGACGGCGAGCCCUCCAGCGACGAGUCCAUGCCUUCCACGGACCCCCCUCCAGCCCUCAAGAUCAAGACCAUAGAACAGAUAAACGAAGACAAGCAAGAAGAAAAAAGGCCGGAGACCAUAUUAGAAAGACUGAUCAAGACCCCUGCUACUGUCCCAAAGGUGGAGAUGGUGGAAGAACCGUCAGAUUGGAAGCCAUCGGACAAGUGUUACUUCUGCGUGGAGGGUGAGGGCGGAGGGGAGGCGCGGCCAGCCGGCGCGGCGAGUCCGGCCUCCGAGUCCGACAGUAGUUCCGUCUCCGGCGCGAAGAGUCCGGCCGCCGCUCCCCCCCAACUGCUGCAACACCUGCUGCAGAUGCAGCUGCAGGCGCAGAGUCCGCAGGCUAUUGCACAGCUGCAGCAGAUGAUCGCGACGCUGGCCGCGCUGGGCACGGGUCUGGUGCCACCAGCGCUGUCGCAAGCGUGGCUGAUGCAGCGGCUAGCCCCCCGGCUCCCUGACAGGCUACAAGAUGUAGAAAAGGCAGCAGCACCCAGCGCCUCUCCAACCUCAGCGGAACAGCCCCUGGAUCUCAGCGCCAAGUCCACCUCCAGCACCAGUGGCACACCACCUCCUGACGCCAAGGAUAACGCCAGAUUGAAACGCGCAAUACUCGAUGGCGGGGCUGGCAACAGCUCCGCGCGGCGGAACUACACCGAAGAUGAGCUCCAGUCAGCCCUCCGGGACAUCCAGUCCGGCCGGCUAGGGACCCGCCGGGCAGCCGUCGUCUACGGCAUACCCCGGUCCACCCUCCGCAACAAGGUCAACAAGUUUGGACUCGUCACGGAACCCGCCGACUCCGACCCCGACUCCGACCCUGAACGACCCGACUCGCCGCCCUCCGUCAUCCUCAAAAUACCCACAUUCCCACCCCCUGACGAUAAAAGCCCGUCACCCGCAACCCCAGCAGCACCAGUCACCCCCGUAACUCCAAUCCUACCGCCACAACCACCCCUGAAUACACCGUCUCCGCUCCUGCUGCCGGCGUCUGUCUUCGCUGAUCCGCCUUCCUCUCAACAUCUCUUCACGUCGUUGAGCGACGUUAUAGCCAAGAGUAUAAGCCAGAAGUUCCAACAACCGCUAGAAAGGCCCCAUGAUUUCAUGCGACUUCAGCAAGAUAGGCACGUUUCCGUCAUCAAAACCCCACCAGACAACUCUAGAAAUUUUUCGGGUCCUAGUAACUCUCGCGCUCCUACGAACAACAACGGACAACCCGCUACGGGCAAAGGAACUAGACCUAAGAGAGGAAAAUAUAGGAACUACGAUAGAGAUAGCCUGGUAGAAGCGGUGAAGGCCGUGCAGAGAGGUGAGAUGUCGGUUCACCGCGCCGGUUCGUACUACGGCGUGCCGCAUUCGACUCUCGAAUACAAAGUCAAAGAGCGGCAUCUGAUGAGGCCGCGUAAACGCGAGCCGAAGCCGCCUCAGGACGUGAAGCCGCAGCCUCCCAAGCCGCCGCCGCCGAAGCCGAUGACCAAGCCGUUCACCAACGGUCUCAACGGGCCCGAGACGCCCGGGUACCCGCCGAGCUACUUCUGGCCGGGAGCUGGGUUCCCGGCCCCGCCCGCGCCGGACCUUUACGCCUCGCAUAUGAUGCGUCGGCUCAGAGAAGAAGCGCCGCCGCCGGCGAACGGCAGUUUCCUGGAGGGGAUCAUAAGGUCGAGUCUGGAAAGGCCCGGUGCGGCGUUGUUGCAACGGUUGACAGGGGAGCCGCGACCGCCGGCGCCGAACUCAGACGCGCCGAGUCUCCUUCGGCGGCUAGCGGGAGGCGAUGAGGAAGGUCCACCCGCGCGCCGACCUCGCAUCGACUCCUCGGACCGCCAGCUCGCCGCCGAGAUGCGGGAGGCGGUCCAGCGGCUCCGAGCGGACAAGAUGCGGCCCCGCAACGGGACGCCCACGCCGCCCGCGUGCGGGACGCUGUCGCCGCCGCCACCACCCGCGCCGCCCGCCGCGCCGCCCGAUCGCGCCUAGUAUCCGCUGUACUACCCUUUCCAGUGAUACGCGACGUAGUGGCGUCGCGUUCGCCCAUGGAUUAUGAAAGACGUUCCGAUCUCCUCAGUCUUUGUGAUAAUUAUUAUGUAAAGUACAUUCCGUUUGGAGAGGGAAGCGGCCGAAACGUAGAGGCGCGUUAGCGUGCCUCGCCGGCCGCCCGGCCCCUCCGCGCACCGGUCGGAUCUAACUCUGUGCCUGGGCCGUUAAAGUGUGCCCGUCUCAAGUUUCUACGUUACAUUAGAGUGCAAUAGACUACAUCGUAAGGAUUUUUCAUACGAAACUCAUGCAUUAUUUACAUGUAUACUGUUGUAGUGACAAUAACGUUAGUGACAGGCUUUUCUUACAUUAGACCAACGCUGGGUUUUCAUUUGUUUACACACCUAUAGCUUCCGUAGUUCCGUUUCCGUUCCGCAACCGUCUUUAGUCCAGCUCUAUCACAUAUAUACAAUUGACACAUAAUCACCAAAUAACACAAUAGUUACCUACAGACACACCCAGUUCAAUAUAUCACAGCUUUACUAUGAAAUAUCACAAUAAAUAGUUAUAGUACCACGUUCAUGCUCCACUCUUGGUGACUUACAGUGUUAUUCGCUGGGGUAAUGUAAAACUUUCGGGGGAAGACUUGUAGGAUUUCAAACGUCUUGUAAUAUAAAACUGUCGUUUUGUUAGUGACUGUUUGGCUGUAGAUAGCUUGCCGUGGGUGUUUUAAAACAACGGCAAGUGCUUUUUAAAAUUAAAAUUGAUUUGAUGUCUAUGAUAUCUGUCUGGGAGACGUUCGUAGCAAUCGCCUAAGGAAUGAUAGGUUAGGAUACCACUGAAAGCCACGAAGAUAUAACAAUUGUUCAAAUUAUGGCAAAUCUUUGAAGCCUCAUUUUUGACCUUGUGUUUAAGUAAAAGACAACCAAAAGUUAACGUUAUGAAAUUUAACUAUUUAAAUAAUUUUAAGUAAUAAAAACAAUGUAACAAAUUAAUUAUAAAGCUAGCCAUGAGUGUAAAUGUUAUCGAUUUUUAAGUGAACUAUUGCAGAUUUUGUGCGGUGUUUUUAUAAUUAGAUAGGUAAUAUAUUGAAUGAAAUUAUUAGCGCUAUUGGGUAGUGUGGUGGGUGCGGCUGUCCCUCUCUGGCGAGGCGCGCGAGCUGCGCGUGCGAGCGGGACGCGAUGCGCCGCAUGCGCAUAUUCGGGGCACGAACGGACUUAUGUGCAAUUAUUAUUUUGUAUAAAAUAGUAAUUUAAAGUGUGUCUAAGCUAACACGUGGAUUUCCAUAUUACUGAAUGUGAUAUUUAGAUAUUACGAGUGCGGUCUGGCGAGCCGUGUCAUACAUACAUAUAUACACGUACGUACAUUAAAAUACAUCUAGUGAACUUAUAUAUUUUAUGUACUAUUAUUGUAUCUUAAGAAAAUAUUCUUAUUUUUCAUGGUCCAAGUUUUAAAUGUUUUAUCGACUAUACAAAAAUAUGGAUAAUCAUUAUUAUAUUCUUGUCGACUUUAAAAAUUAUUAGCCCAAAAAUCCUCAAAAAAAAUGAUAUCUUCAAAUUUGUGAAAUUUUUUGGUGUUCUAUCGAAAGUAUAUUAAUGAAGUACGAGAUGAAAAAAAUGUAUACGCUCUCCCAAAAGUAAAAUUUAGGUAAAAACUAUUUGGAUAGAAUUAUCGUACGAUUACUUAUUGUAAGUUAUGUGUAAAUGUCGCCUCAUGGAAAUUAAGAAGUCUUUGUAUUAUGUAUGUAAUUGAAAUAUACAUAUAUUAUAUACACGUUAAAAUUAUAUGUCCUAACCUUUUUCUUCGGAGACCACGACAUGCAAAAUAGGACCUGAAUACUCUCGACAUUUCGACAUUUUUUUUUAAUUUCAUCUUCAUUCUGACUGUAUAGGCGUCUACAUUUUACUAGAAUUCAAAUUACGGUCGAAAUUAUCCAAAAACGAAAUACAUAUCCCAAAUGCCGUGAUGUCGAAUGAAUUCUCAAGAGAAAAAAAAACAAAAAUUUUUAUAUUCAAAAUUUACUAGUCGAUAGCAUCUUUCAAUUUUAUUUACGUUCAUUUUCGAUGUCUUUUUAAUAUUUAAGAAUACGUCUACAUUUAUUUAAUCUAUCAUGCAUUUAAUAUUAACUUUGUAUGAUGUAAAUCUGUCAACUUGUGACGUCACUACCAUCUACUAUCGCCACCCCGGACCGCAUUUCGGUUGCGUUUGAGAAAAAUUCAAAAAUCGAACAAUUUAAUUUAAAAAUACGUACCUACACCAAUCUGUGUGUUACGCCUGACAAUUGUUGAUAGCUUAAAAACGGUUAACCCUUUAUAAGGCAGAGGGAAUAUAUUUCCCACUUGAUUUUGAACUUUAUUUCAAAGUGAUAGAGUUCAAUUUUGCAUAAUUCCUGACACCCUUAUGCCUUAUAAAGGGUUAAAUCAUGUAAGUUGUACAGAAAUCAUAGGAUGGGACAAUUUGCAAAGAGAAUUUUAGAUUUUAAUAAACAUUCCGCUUAGAAUGUUAUUAGAUUUUUUUUUAUUAUAAUAUAAAUAUUUUUUCCAUCGGGAACAAAUCAUUACGUUGUUUAAUCUUAUUUGUAACGUUAGUUAUUUUUUAAGCGGCUUUAUUUUUUAAUGACCUACAAUUAUAAUAUUAUAUUGAGAUGUUAUACAUGUUUUUUGUGCAAAGUGUUUGGGGCUUGAGGCCCGAAUAAAGAGAGUUGCGACUGAUAAGUAGUAGAAACAAGUGAAGUCAGGUAUCCUGGGACAGCAAACAGGUUACCUGGGCUCGGCCUGUACAAAUGGUUUACACCGCCUUAACACUUAAAAUGUUAUACGGCAAUCUCUAUUACAAGUGUAAAUAAUAACCAAUUGUAACAACUUUUGGCACCUGUUAUGUCAAGUGGAACCAGUGGUGUGUUCAUUCAAAAAUAAGGGUAUAUUUUUGACGUAAGUAAAAAGCACGUAGCGGGUUGCCAGCAUAAAAAAUGGCUGUUUUGUAAAAUUGGUUAAUUAUUUACAAUCAAGAUGGAAAUGUUACUUUUCAUUUACCAAAUUGCAUCAUAAGAAUAAAUUUAAAGAACAAGAAAAAGGUCGAUGUAAAUGCAUUUAAAUAAAUGAAUUGUGACAUUUCGUCUCAGGGAUGCCGGAUUUAUUAGUGAAUCAUUUUUAUUGUAUAUUGUUCAAUCAUUUUUCCACAUAGUUUAAGAAUUUUAGUUAAAUACUGUAGCGUAAUUUUUAAUUAAUAGGUAGCCGGUAGUAAUUCUUUAAUAUGUUUGUUAUUUUUUUUUUGUAAAUGUAAUACAUUUUGCCGUAAGGGUUAGGUUAGGUCUUGAACGGUCCUCGACUGGUCCAGGAACAAAAAGACAAUGAAGGGAAGUUGCAUUUUUAUCUAGACACUUAGUGAAUCUUGAAAAUUCCACGAGACAUUUUUGUGAAAGUUCUUUUAUAACACAUUUUUAUCACAGGUUUCCGAACGCAUGGAAACGUCGCGUGGAUCGCUUCGUCUUUCAAUUUUUAAAUUUGACAUUUGAGUAAUCUAUUUUUAAAUUUAAAAAUGGAAGGUUUUGUAAAAUGUUGCCAGGAGUAUGAUUUCUGAGCGUCGUGCGCAUGGUUGUUUUAUGCCUGUAUUUGUGUAGUUGACUAUUUGCCAACCAGACGGCAACCGUUUUUUGUACUGGCAAUCGCCAGAGAAACAUGUUGCUUGUGGCAACACUACGAAGUACUUAGUGUUGCUAGCCUGAUUAAGAACGGUCUACAUUGACGCGUUUCCUCUAAGUAAAUGUAAGUUUCACCUUUAUUGUCACUAAUUGUUUUCCUUUACAACUGUAUGUAUUUCUAGAGGAUUAAUUUUAAUAAUUAUUGUAUUACUAUUACAAUAAUUGACUUAUUAUUAUUGACAUUUAGAAUUACUGAGGAAAGGUACGACAGUUAAGGUUUUGAAGUAAGCGUGGAAUGUUGACACAUUCGUUUUUUUUUAAAUUAUGUACAACACGAAGCAUUUAAUUUUAGACAUAUUAAAUAUAAUGUUAUCUUUAUAAAAUGAGGGAUAGUGUAAAAUUCAAAUACAAUAUUAUCAUGUAUUUAUUAAAAAAAGAAAACGCUUUUAACGAAGUAACAUCACACCGCUGAGGAUUUUUUAAAUGAAAUUUUUGCAAUGAAUAUCUUUGGAAAGUAAAGUUUUUUGUGAUUAAAAAAUAUGAUUAAAAAUCAGGCAAUGGACCAAUGUAUGACAUAGAAGACGCUGUUAUUUCCUAAUUAUUGAUUGAAAGGCUCAUGUUUUUUUUUAAUAAUAUAAAUAGGUACCUAAUCUGCUAAAGGAGCUAAUAAGAUCAAAUUAUAAUAUUGUUAUUUAAUUAUUGAGUACAAGUUUUAAUGGAAUAUUUUUUUUUCAAUAUACCUUACUUGCUUCUAUAUUUUUUGUUAUUUUGUUCCUUUAGUUUUAUAUAAUUAUCAUUGUUUAGUUUUCUUAACAGAAUUAAAGAAAUCAAAACGCAUUCAUACAGCGUUUCGUUUAUUUUUUUCACUAUAUUUUAUAUUUUCACUUCCUUAUUAAAGUGAUGGUUGAUGAUUUAAGAAAUCACCUCGAAUUGUUACGAAUUGGCGUUUAAAUGUGAUUGGCAUAACUUAAUUGUAUUAAAUCUAGUCAAAUUUUUAGGAAAGGGUGAGAAAAUUCGAAAAGCAAAGCUUAAGACAAAUUGACUGACACUUUGAUAGUUAAAAAACGUCCAAAACCCGUCGCCUGGCGACGCAAAAGUUGAUUUGAAAUUGUGGAAUUGUAGAUGACGUAUAGUGGGGUUUAUUUGGAUUGGCGCUUGUUUCGACUGGCAACACUAAUGAAACACGCGCCAAUCCUCUCCGUGAAGACUAUACGGAACCAUUUCUUACGUAUACUUGUAAUUACGUAGCAUCAUUUUGAAGUGAAUUUUCCAAAUGUAAUGUCCUUUACUAUAAGAUCUUUAUAUCUUACGUUAUCUUGACGGCUGGUUAGGCAGGUGUGAGGAUGUGCGAGGAUAUUUAAAACCUGUAUACAAUAAAUUUCAUUCAUUUGUUGAA